AUGGCCCUCCGAUACUUCAACACCUUUAUCGAUGCGGAACCAGAACAGGUUGAGGCUUCCCCUGGGCGCUUGCAUCGUUCAAAGAGCUGGCCACAACGUUGCCGGAGUUAUACCAAUGUGGAGACCACCGAUGGUGUGAACUAUGUCACUAAGUUGGAGAGCAAGUGGAGCGUCACCUAUGGUGAACGACUGCAAAUGGCCCCAGCAUCAGCGACAGAUGAGACAGACGUGACUCCGAUGACAUCACAGAGCGGGCCUGUAGAAGCAGCUGGAGAGGCAUCAGAAGCUCUACAGCUUUAG